AUGUUGGUACAAAGAGCAGAAUUGCUUGGAAUGAGACUUGAGCAACUACUGUUCACCACAAUACGUUGGAAAGGGGAAGAAUCAUCACUAUCCAAAGCAUCAUCACCAAUGGCAACCAGUCCAGAAUCCUCUUCAUCGCCCACUCCGUCGUCACCAAGGUCACGCAGUCCACCAGCACCAGGUACACGAGGUCCAGCAAGGAAACCCACUUUCGAAAUAAAUGAGGAACUCAUGCGUAGUUUAGGUUUUCCUGAUGGGGCGCUUGAAGAAAUUAUGGCACCCGGAACACAUGAUGGAAGCAUAGUCGAGCCGUUACCAGAUGAUCAGAUCUACCGUGGUUCACUUUUGAUUGGAAUAUGUGUAUAUCCUAAUGUGAUUUGCAAAGUAUAUCCUAAACUGGGUCAUCAAGCAAUAAAGAACAAUAUGAUAGUGGAAUUGAAGACGAAAGAACUUCAUCUUCAUGAUCUAUUAAUUCGCCGUAAAUUUGCUCAUGCAUUAUUUCGCUCGGGGUCGUUUAUGUUACUACCUCCAGAAGAGCGGAUACAAGUGUUGCCGUGA